GAUCUCGGAUGGAUCUGGCCCCCUCGCGGCAACCACAAGUCCCAUCAUGCCACGAGAUUCUCGGUUCGUUCACGUACACGUGAAGGCCUACAAUACUUGCAGACGGUGUCUGACGUCUAAGGGACCGGAGCUCCACCCUGCGCCUCCACUGAGCAGGACAACCGGCAUAAUCCCACCCCUCACUGCCCUAGGCUCACACCUCAGACAUAGUGUGUGUGAUGGGAAGACGCAUGCGCACUUCUCCCUUCUCUUCCCCUCCCUACGUUAGUUAGCCCUUCGUUUUUCAAGUGCUGGAUCCUUUUUGUCCCCUACUGCGUGCGGUGUCAGCUUCCCUGCGGAAGUGGUGGCCGUGAGAGAAGAAGAUGGCGGCCACCGUGGUGGCGCCGCCUGGUGCGGCGGCCGGUCGGGCCAACAAACGCAGCGGCGGCGGGCCGGGAGGCGGCGGCGGCGGUGGGGGAGCCAGAGGGGCGGAAGAGGAACCGCCGCCGCCCCUACAAGCAGUUCUGGUGGCCGACAGCUUCAACCGCCGCUUCUUCCCGAUAUCCAAAGACCAGCCUCGGGUCCUCUUGCCCCUAGCCAACGUGGCAUUAAUUGACUACACUCUGGAAUUCCUGACUGCCACAGGUGUACAGGAAACCUUUGUCUUUUGUUGCUGGAAGGCGGCUCAAAUCAAAGAACAUUUACUGAAAUCCAAGUGGUGCCGCCCUACGUCCCUCAAUGUGGUUCGAAUAAUUACAUCAGAAUUAUAUCGAUCACUGGGAGAUGUCCUCCGUGAUGUUGAUGCCAAGGCCUUGGUGCGCUCUGAUUUCCUUCUUGUGUAUGGGGAUGUCAUUUCAAACAUCAAUAUUACCAGAGCCCUUGAGGAACACAGGUUGCGGCGGAAGCUAGAAAAAAAUGUAUCUGUGAUGACAAUGAUCUUCAAGGAGUCGUCCCCCAGCCACCCGACUCGUUGCCAAGAGGACAAUGUGGUAGUGGCUGUGGAUAGUGCCACAAACCGGAUUCUCCAUUUUCAGAAGACCCAGGGCCUCCGACGUUUUUCAUUUCCUCUGAGCCUAUUUCAGGGCAAUGGAGAUGGAGUGGAGAUUCGAUAUGAUUUACUGGAUUGUCAUAUCAGCAUCUGCUCUCCUCAGGUGGCUCAACUCUUCACAGACAACUUUGACUACCAAACUCGAGAUGACUUUGUGCGAGGACUGUUAGUGAAUGAGGAGAUCCUAGGCAACCAGAUCCACAUGCAUGUAACAACUAGGGAAUAUGGUGCCCGGGUCUCCAACCUACACAUGUACUCAGCUGUGUGCACUGAUGUCAUCCGCCGAUGGGUCUACCCUCUCACCCCCGAGGCAAACUUCACUGACAGCACCACCCAGAGCUGCACUCAUUCCCGGCACAACAUCUACCGAGGGCCUGAGGUCAGCCUGGGCCAUGGAAGCAUCCUGGAGGAAAAUGUGCUCCUGGGCUCUGGCACUGUCAUUGGUAGCAAUUGCUCCAUCACCAACAGUGUCAUUGGUCCUGGCUGCCACAUUGGUGAUAAUGUGGUGCUGGACCAGGCCUAUUUGUGGCAGGGUGUUCGAGUAGCUGCUGGAGCACAGAUCCAUCAGUCUCUGCUCUGUGACAAUGCUGAAGUCAAGGAACGAGUUAUACUGAAGCCACGCUGUGUCCUCACUUCCCAGGUGAUAGUGGGCCCAGACAUCACGCUGCCAGAGGGCUCGGUGAUCUCUUUGCACCCUCCAGAUGCAGAGGAAGAUGAAGAUGAUGGCCAAUUCAGUGAUGAUUCUGGGGCUGGUCAAGAAAAAGAGAAAGUGAAGAUGAAAGGUUACAAUCCAGCAGAAGUAGGAGUUGCAGGCCAGGGCUACCUCUGGAAAGUUGCAGACAUGAACAUGGAGGAAGAGGAGGAACUACGACAGAAUCUGUGGGGACUCAGGAUCAACAUGGAAGAAGAAAGUGAAAGUGAGAGUGAGCGAAGUAUGGAUUCUGAGGAGCUGGACAGCCGGACAGGGUCCCCUCAAAUGGAUGACAUCAAAGUGUUCCAGAAUGAAGUCCUGGGAACACUUCAGCGGGGCAAAGAGGAGAAUAUUUCUUGUGACAAUCUAGUCCUGGAAAUCAACUCUCUCAAGUACGCCUACAACAUAAGUCUAAAGGAGGUGAUGCAGGUACUGAGCCACGUGGUCCUGGAGUUCCCCCUGCAACAAAUGGAUUCUCCGCUUGACCCAAACCGCUACUGUUCCCUGCUGCUUCCUCUGCUCAAGGCUUGGAGCCCUGUUUUUAGGAACUAUAUAAAACGUGCAGCUGACCAUUUGGAAGCGUUAGCAGCCAUUGAGGACUUCUUCUUGGAACACGAAGCUCUUGGUACCUCAAUGGCCAAGGUGCUGAUGGCUUUCUACCAGCUGGAGAUCCUCGCUGAGGAAACAAUCCUGAGCUGGUUCAGCCAAAGGGACACAACAGACAAGGGCCGGCAGUUGCGUAAGAAUCAACAACUGCAGAGGUUCAUCCAGUGGCUAAAAGAGGCCGAAGAGGAGUCAUCUGAAGAUGACUGAAGUCGCACAGCCCGCUCCUGUGGGUGUGACUGAUUGCCCUCCUGGUUCCUAGGCCAGGACAAGUGAAGAGCUAGUUGCAGAAGGAUGAGUGAUCCCCAUCCAGGCCAAGACUUAAACGAGCAGAGACUGGAACUACAGUAUUCUUCCCACCGCCAGCAACCAUGUGCCUCCCAUCCUGACUGGGGAGUUGGGAUGAGGGAAGCUGGACUGGAACAAAGCUGCCUAGGGAGGAGCUAGGCAGGCCUUGCAGUUGGAGGAAGGCCAGAGGAACAGCUUUGUGCACUGGCUUUCCCUCAGGGGACAGCAGAGAGCAGCUGGCUCUCUCUGCUCCUUGUAUUUGUUAAUAUUAAAAAAAGAGAUAGCGGUGUAUUUGGUUUCUCUCCAA